UGAAGUAUCAGCUGAUGUUGGUGUUUUUGAUGGAACUUGCAGUGGGAGCUGCUGAGGGGGCUUUUUUGUUCUUCUCUGGCGGAGCGGACCCUGAGCCUAAGACACAGUGAAACAGCGGCAGCAGGAGCAGCGCCUGUGAGGAGGCCGAGAGCAGCGCUGUGUGAUGAGGAGGAGCGCAGUGUCGCUGUUAGCUCAGCUCUCCGCUCGCUGCUGAAUCCCGAGCAGAGAAAGGAGAAAAACAACAAGGCGAGGCAGGAGCAGCGCUCAGUGACCUGUCUGCGCCGGAGCCGCUAGUGUUAGCGGGUCAGCGUAACGGCAGCAGCCCGAGCCUUUCAGAGGGAAAAAGCACCGCUAGCUGCCGUCGUUAGCCGCACGCUGAAGAAGAAGAACCGUUAGAGCAGACGGAGGGAGAAUAACCGAGUUUUUCACUGUUUGUGAAACGACAGCUGACGUGUUUUCAGUUCGGCUGGAUUGCAUCAUCGGGCUGGAUAUCUGAUUAUAAGUUUGGCAGUCACCUAGUUCAGAGCUGCUGCGAGUGAAACACUUGGCGUGUAGAUAUUGUAGAUAUCUGUAUUUUAAACGAACCCGGUUUUCUUUUUUUGACUGUAAGACUGUUAACCUAACUGGUUCAUGUUUGUAGACUGACCGGGUAGAAGACAGCCUGUUACUUGUUUAAUUCUUCCUGACGUACUUAUAAUAUUUAAGAGGGUUUUAUGUAUUUUACAGAACCUCGUCAUUUUGACCGGUUGAAGUGUUUCUAGAGAAGUGUGUUUGUCUAGAUCAGUACUUUGCUGCCGCUGUCGCCUCGUUAUUUAUAAGCAUGCUGACACUGUCUGGAGUCGGAGAGAGAAGAUAGAAGGGUUGCAGUAUUCAAACACAUUUAGCUUGCUGUCUUAUUUAAGUUGUUUCGUCCGGGACGAAAACCGUGUUCAAGUCUCGUGUGUAGCUUUUAGCUUUUAGGCUAACUUAGCUACUCUCAACGACUGGCACGACUCGCACGUUGAUGUUGUCUGUCAGAGAGGCGGAGCUAAGAUCGACUGUUUAACAGGAGUCUUUAGUUGGUGUUUUGUGAGAGGACAGGUCCAGAACUGGCACAGUCCGAGAACCUCGUUGAAAACCCAAUGCUGGAUCUGGAGGUGGUUCCUGAGCGAUCUCUGGGAAAUGAACAAUGGGAAUUCGCAUUAGGGAUGCCAUUGGCCCAGGCCAUUUCCAUCUUACAAAAGCACUGCCGAAUCAUCAAGAAUGUCCAGGUGCUCUACAGCGAACAAAUGCCACUCAGUCACGACCUCAUACUCAACUUGACUCAGGAUGGAAUUAAACUGCUGUUUGAUGCCUGCAAUCAGAGACUAAAGGUAAUUGAAGUGUACGACUUGAGCAAAGUGAAAUUGAAAUACUGUGGAGUGCAUUUUAACUCUCAGGCAAUAGCACCUACCAUUGAGCAGAUUGACCAGUCCUUUGGCGCUACUCAUCCAGGAGUCUACAACGCUGCAGAACAGCUCUUCCAUCUGAACUUCCGUGGCCUCUCCUUCUCCUUCCAGCUAGACUCAUGGAGUGAGGCCCCUAAGUAUGAGAUUCCUCAUGGGGCUACAGUGAAAAGGAUGUACAUUUACACUGGAAACAACCUUCAAGAAACCAAGGCUCCAGUGAUGCCUCUGGCCUGUUUUCUGGGUAAUGUGUAUGCAGAAUGUGUGGAUGUUCUGAGAGAUGGGACAGGACCCCUGGGUCUCAGACUGCGGCUCCUCACUGCAGGGUGUGGUCCAGGAGUGAUGGCUGAUGCGAAAUUGCGGAUUAUGGAAAGGAACAUCUACUUUGGAGAUUCAUGUCAGGACGUCCUGAGUGCUUUGGGCUCUCCACACAAGGUCUUCUACAAGUCUGAGGACAAGAUGAAGAUCCACUCUCCCUCUCCUCACAAGCAAGUCCCGUCCAAGUGUAAUGACUACUUUUUUAACUACUUCACCCUGGGAGUGGACAUACUGUUUGACUCUGUGACUCACCUGGUAAAGAAGUUUGUUCUUCACACCAACUACCCUGGCCAUUACAAUUUCAACAUAUACCAUCGAUGUGAUUUUAAGAUUCCACUCGUCAUUAAAAAAGAUGGAGCUGAUGCUCAGGGGGAAGACUGCAUCCUCACCACUUACAGCAAGUGGGAUCAGAUCCAGGAGUUACUGGGACACCCCAUGGAGAAGCCAGUGGUGCUUCAUAGGUCAUCAUCUGCAAAUAACACCAACCCCUUUGGAUCCACAUUCUGUUUUGGGCUGCAGAGGAUGAUCUUUGAGGUGAUGCAGAACAACCACAUAGCAUCAGUGACCCUGUACGGAGCCCCUCGACCCGGAAACCUGCCCCGUGCCGAGUCCAGCGCCCACUGAGGUGCCUGCCCGUCCCGCCCCUUAGGGCCCAUCAGCGCAGUGUGCCUUCCCUCACAGCUGCCAUCACACGAGCUAGAGAACCACAUGCUGGGAGUUCCCCCCGAUACCCCUGAACAGCACCAUGGAUGCUCCUCUCUAGCAACCCACACAGCCUGGAAGUUGCCAGUAUUUCGCUCAUCCCGCAUCCUCCCUCUAAGCCAGCAAACAUCCUUCAGCUGCAGCUUCAACCCCAGCGUCUGUGUCAGUGUCACCAUAGCACAGUGGAUGCACAGUGAUGCGUUUUUCAUGCACGCCUAUGCCCACACACAUACGCACACAUUAUGGACAUACAUGUUCACUCUUACAUUAAUAAGCUCUAGUGAAAUUUUCUUUUUUUCUAUUUCUAAAUUUCAUCCCACACAAGACACUGACACCAAAGGGCAUACGUGACAUGCAUUUCGAUACCAUUUCCUCUUCUGCACAUUAAACACUUUAUACACUCACACAUUCAGUCAAGUUCAUUUCAGAGCAGCAGUGGCCGGCACAUGCAGAGGGUGCCCUCGGAAAACACAGAGGUGCAUGAACAUUAGGAUUCAUUGCAUGAAUAAAGUAUUGCUUUAUGGAUUUUGGAGAUUUGGAGUGUGUGGCAUACAGAGACGUACAGAUUUACAAGCACAAACGAGCUGAACAGUAUGGGAGUGUACUGGUGGAUUCAGUGCUCUGAACGUGGUUUCUUGCAUUCACACAGACUUACUUAGGCACACAGACACAGGUUCAGUAUGCUCAUGCUGUGACCAAGUCAACAGCACUGGUUACCUCCCAUUGCAAUGUCCUGCAGUGCAAAGUUCAGCUUUUAAAGUUAAAUGUUAAUUUUGGCCAUCGUUUUUUGUUUUGCAAGGUAAGGUGAUAGCAUUAUUAUAAUUCUUUUGUUUGUUUUUAACAUUUGCACUAAAGAAAAAUACACUUAAUUUACUUGACAAUUGUCUUCUAUCCACUGAAGACUGUUGGGAUUACUGAGCGUGAGAGGCAGAGUUGAGAGUAGAGGAAUGAAAGGAAACGUAUCUUGUGGAUUUUGGGGCUCUUAUGGCAGAUCUUCUGACUGGACAGAAAAGCCUUUGAUCCUUCACUUUCCACCACCCUCUGGAUCUCCAGCUGUUCUUUCUGCUCGUUUACUUGCGUCACUCCCUUCUCGCACCAUCUUGGUGUUCUCGGCUGAGGAUUUGAUCUCAUAACCUUCUCUAUCAACUCUUGAUCCCUACUUUUGGAUUUUUUUCCUGAUUGCCAAAACAUUAGCCAAAGAAAUAACGACAGUUAGGUGUCCAUUUGAAAAAUUUCUCAUCAGACUUGAUCAAGAACAUUCCCUUUUGAUUUGUUUCCGUUACUCCCCAAAAGGAUUUUGUUUUUUCUUUAUUGUGCUCUUGUGCUUCUUAACUGCAUUUUAAAAGUGGAUAUCCCACUCUGUGCUUUUUGAUUCAGAGCUUUUAUCUCCUGGUUUCUGUUCUUCAAAGAUGUCUAGUGUUGUUUCUGUACCAGGUAGACGUGAGGCUUCCCCCAGCGUUCUGCUGCUCUAUCCGUGUAUGUACAGACCUGUAAAUAGCGUGCUUUUCUGUCUUGUCCGUUUAAGCUCACGGUACCAUAUGGGUUCAGAUUGAGUUGAAGUCUGGAAUUCUCUUGUAUUGUUAAGUAUGCUAUAUAUUGUCAUUGCUAACCGAGAGAGUUCUGAGUGUUCACACCUACGUGGUCCUAUAAGGACAGCAGCUAUCCGCUCUGACCAUGGAGGGGGUAGGCAGUGUGAGACCACUUGUGGAGACAGUCUGAACAUGUGACGGUGGAGAUGACUCAAGUGUUUACAGUACAAGUCGGAGGUUCUAAGUGAGUUCCUCUAAAAGCUCAUUUUUAGCACUGCUGUGCGACCCUUCAGAAACAUGAAGUGUGGUGAUUUCAGCCUCCGCUGAUACUGACCGCUACAUCACUCCACUGCCAGCUCUCUCUUUAGCUCCCCUCCAGGCUUCUGCAGUAUGUGACGCAGGCUUAUUUGGGCAUUGUUAGUUCUCGUUUGCAUUUACUUGGUUAAUGAGUUGCAAUGGAAGGCUGCUGUUGAUGUUUUUCGAUUUUUAUCCCUCUCUUACGCCAAGUUCCAAACCAAGUAAAAUUAAAACUGAUAAAACUGAAGCGAAACAGCUGUUAACAUUGUGCCUCAUCUCCCACCGAGCCUGUCUUGAUUUUCUCUGUAAAUGAAAUCGUUUGAACUGCUUUGUGUGUGGUUGAGCAUGUAUAGCUAAACUAAUGGACUGUCAGUUGUAGUCAGUCACAGUCCUCACAGUCCCAAAAAUAAUGAGGAAGUAUGAGGAUAAAAAAACAGUCUCAUAGUCUCCGAACUCUUUUCUUGAAGGGCUGGUGCAGCAUAUGUUGUAAAUUAGAUUACUUAUUAAACUGAACUACGAGAGUAAAACCAGUGUUUCCUGUUAGCCGUUAAGGUCCUGGUGGUGGUCUGUGCAUGUUUUUGUAUUUGUUCCACCACAUAACUCUCUGUAGAUUUAAAGGUUCAUUCAGCCUGACAGCCCUCCAUGAUUUGAAGUUCACACUAGUGGUUGUGAUGUUUCUACAAAACAAAACUUGCACUUUCAUAAAAAAAAUCUAUUUGAAAUUUCUAUAAAUAGCUUUUGCAUUCAUAAAAGUAUGUUGGUUUGGCAACACAUACAUGGUUAAACCCUGCCUGUGUCUUCAGAUUUAUUCUUUCGGUUCUGAAAGAGGGCCUACGUGCACAACUGGAGUCUCACGUUUAUAAGUUUGUCCUCCAGGAAUUUAUGAACAGAAGCAGCACAACCACUGCAGUAGUACAGUUUAGGGAAUGUUACUGUUAGCAGAGAGUGGUUUGAUGGGCUGAUUGCCUGCCCGAUCUCAGGUGGAUCUUUUUUAAAAUGCCAGGAGCAAGUGAAUGCUUAAUUUUCAUCAUCUAAGUUCUGGCUUGUUUUGUUUCUUCUUCAGACUUUAUCCUAUUUUUGCAUCGGAAUGACUGAAUGAAUGAUUGAAUGAUUGUUUUUAAGAUUGUAUUUAGAGAAAUGGACAACUUCCAUUCAGUGUAAUGCGCAUAUUAAUGCUAUGUAUUGUAUCCCUUAUUAUAUAUUGUAUGUUUUUUUCCCCCGUCUAUCCUCCAAAAUGAUUAUUUUUUGUGGAUUUAGUAUAUUUGACCCAUUUCUGGAAAUGGGAUCCUUAAUUAAAAAUUGUGAAUCCAGAUUAACUGCAACGUGGUGUUUUGUAUCUCUGAUAUUUUGUCAUCAAAGAACAUGUAGUUAGAAAAUCAGUAUUUAUCAGGCAUAUAUUCUGUUGUUUUUUUUAAUUAUUUGUUUUUGUUUUUAAAGCAAUAACUAUAGCUGUGGCAAAUAAUACUUUGAAAGGGUCAGCUAUAAGCUUGCACAAGGCCUCUGAACCCAUGCAAAAAUGCUGUGACUAUUUAGUUUUUUCUCGUCUAGUCUACUGAAACCACAACAUUUGCAAUUUUAUAAACUGCAUUGAAUUUUGUUCAUUAAACGUUCUGUUACAGUGUGUUCAACAAGAGUAAUAUUUGAAGACUGGAUGUAAUAAAUAUGGGGGAAACGAU